UAUUCUCACCCAAGUAGCUUAACCUUUCCAUGAAGGGUUACAAUAAAUUUCUUUUCUCUCUCCACCUUUUAAAUAUUAGUAGGAAGAUUAAUGCUCCAAUAAUAUUUACUGAGAGAGGUUGAGACAGAAACAAUAUUCUGAGAGACAGAGAAGGAAGCGCGGGGAUGGGUUUCACAUCAUUUAUAGGCGAAGUUGUGCCGUCUACGGUGAUGGUGAUUAUGGAGGGUUGCACUAUUGGCUUGACUAUAUUGGCUAGCACUGUGAUGGCCAAAGGGCUCAGCCCGUUCGUUUUUGUUGUCUACACUAAUGCCAUUGGUUCUAUCAUACUACUUCCGUAUUCCUUCAUUUAUGAUAGAAAUACAUUAAAAAUGCCAUUAUUGACCUUACCUUUUCUCUUGCGAGUAUUCUUCCUCGGUUUAAUUGGGGUGACAAUGGCACAAAACCUUGCAUUUCUUGGUCUAAGAUACAGCUCUCCAAUUGUUGCAAUUGGCAUGGCCAAUCUGUUACCUGCUUUAUCUUUCCUUCUUGCUUUAAUUCUCAGGUUCUUUCUCAAACUUAAACUUUUCGAGAACAAUACUCACAAAUUUCCCAAAGUAAUUGAUGAUUGUUCCUAUUUUCAUCUUAUUCUUCUGAGUCAGGUGGGAACUGUCAAAAUAUACCCACAAGUGAUGAAAAUAGUCUCUUUUUAUAGCUUAUUUGGAACAAUCCAAUCUGCUGUACUUGCUGCGUUUAUAGAAAGAGAUCCCACUGCAUGGACAUUGGAGCUUAAUUUGGAGCUCUUUGUAAUCAUUCUAACAGCAAUUUUCAGUAGCUUGAUCCGUAGCAGUGUCCACAUGUGGUGCAUGCGAAUUAAAGGCCCUUAUUUUGUGCCCAUAUUUAAGCCAUUGGGAAUUCCCAUUGCAAGUGUAUUUGGCUGUUUUCUCUUUGCAGACACCUUUCACUAUGGAAGCAUGAUGGGUGCAUUUGUGUGUGGAAUGGGAUAUUACACGGUGAUAUGGGGACAAGUCAGAGAGGAUGAUGAAUUUCACAAUAACAGAUCAUCAUCAGAUGACAAGGUCCCUCUACUGCAAGAAGACUCACAAGUAUGACAUCAAGGAAAUCAAAACCCUAAUGAUGGGCUGCAGCCAUCAAAGAAAGUCCUACUAGCAUGAAAAAAAACCUCAUGCAAGGUUAAGAUUUUUCAUGUGAAUAAAAUGUACAUAAGAUUAGAAGGGUGGGUUUUUUAGGGCCCUCAAUCUUUAUUUGAGCAAUCCUCAUAUCUUGUUUUGGGGUUCAAUGCACAUAUCUGUAACUUUAACAAUACAUGGGCCUUUUUCCUUUC